ACCUGGCAACGUCACAUUCGUCUCGACACUGCAUUGCUAAAGAAAGAGAGAGGGAAAGAGCAGCGGGUUGUCGAACACUUCCUCAAACACACUGAAAAUUUGUAGUGUGUAAAAGAGAGACAAGAGAGUACCAAAGGAGGUAAAACACACGUAAAUUUAAAUCUACAACCUAGUCUGAAGAAGGCUGGGUGACGGCUCACCAUGGCACCCUUUCUGCGUAUAGGCUUCAAUACGUUUGAAAUUGGGGCACUAUCCCCCCUGUCCGACCCUCCUUUCUGUGCCAUUAAGAUGAAGGAAUCCCUCAGCACAGAGCGAGGUAAGACCCUGGUCCAGAGGAAGCCCACUAUGUACCCUGCCUGGAAGUCCACCUUUGACGCCCACAUCUACGAGGGGCGUGUUCUACAGGUGGUCCUGAUGAAGACGGCUGAGGAGCCCCUGGCAGAGGCCACCGUCGGAGUAUCUGUGCUCGCUGAGCGCUGUAAAAAGGGCAAUGGCAGUUGCGAAUUCUGGGUAGACCUGCAGCCUUCUGGAAAGGUUCUGAUGUCGGUCCAGUUCUUCGUGGAGGACUCUGAUGCAGCUACAUGUAAGCAGUCAGUCAAGGUACCCGAGGACGAGGGGGUUAUGACUCUGAACAGGAGAAGAGGAGCCAUCAAACAAGCCAAGGUCCACUUCAUUAAGAACCACGAGUUUACCGCCACCUUCUUUGGACAACCCACUUUUUGCUCUGUGUGCCGGGAGUUUGUCUGGGGACUCAACAAGCAAGGCUACAAGUGCAGACAAUGCAAUGCGGCCAUCCACAAGAGAUGCAUCGACAAAAUCAUCGGGAGAUGCACAGGCACUGCAGCCAACAGCAGAGAAACUUUGUUCCAGAAGGAGCGCUUCAAGAUCGACAUGCCUCACCGUCUGAAGACCCACAACUACAUGAGCCCCACUUUCUGUGACCACUGUGGAAGUCUCCUGUGGGGGAUGGUCAAGCAAGGCCUUAAAUGUGAAGAAUGUGGCAUGAACGUCCAUCACAAAUGUCAAAAGAAAGUGGCAAACCUGUGUGGUAUCAACCAGAAGCUCUUGGCAGAGGCUCUGUCCCAAGUCAGCCAGAAAUCCAUGAGGAAAUCGGACGGUUCCAAUUCAGAAGACAUUGGGAUCUACCAGGACUUCAAUAAAAGUCCAGGAGCAGACUCCAGUGGCACUGAGCAGCUGUGGGACAGAAGUGGCCCUGCUCCUGCUCCUCCCUCCAACAUCAUCCAUCAGACACGGCUCACCAUGAGCAACUUUGUUUUCCACAAAGUGCUGGGCAAGGGCAGCUUUGGCAAGGUCCUGCUGGCUGAACUUAAGGGACGAGGAGAGUACUUUGCUGUGAAAGCUCUGAAGAAAGAUGUGGUUUUGAUGGAUGAUGAUGUGGAGUGCACCAUGGUGGAGAAGAGAGUUUUAGCACUGGCCUGGGACAAUCCCUUCCUCACCCACCUCUACUCUACGUUCCAAACGAAGGAGCAUCUGUUUUUCGUGAUGGAGUACCUAAACGGAGGAGAUCUGAUGUUCCACAUACAGGAUAAGGGACGCUUUGACCUCUACAGAGCUACGUUCUAUUCUGCGGAGACCCUAGUUGGCCUACAGUUCCUGCACUCCAAGGGGAUCAUCUACCGGGACCUGAAGCUGGACAAUGUCAUGCUAGACAAGGAUGGACACAUAAAGAUCGCUGACUUUGGGAUGUGCAAGGAGAACGUGUUUGGAGAGGUCCGAGCCUCAACCUUCUGUGGAACCCCAGACUACAUUGCUCCAGAGAUCCUGUUGGGUCAGAAGUACACCUUCUCAGUAGACUGGUGGUCGUUCGGGGUGCUGGUAUACGAGAUGCUGAUUGGCCAGUCGCCGUUCCAGGGAGACGAUGAGGAUGAGCUCUUUGAGUCCAUCAGGAUGGACACACCCCACUACCCCCGCUGGAUCACCAAGGAAGCCAAGGACUUACUGGAGAAGCUGUUUGAGCGGGACCCUAGUCGCAGGUUGGGAGUUGUGGGAAACAUCCGUGGACAUUCCUUCUUCAAGACCCUCAACUGGCCUGCUCUGGAGCGACGGGAACUGGACCCCCCCUUCAAACCCAAAGUGAAAUCACCCAAUGACUGCAGCAACUUUGACCGAGAGUUCCUGAAUGAGAAACCCCGCCUCUCCCACGCAGAUAAGAACUUGUUAGACUCCAUGGACCAGACAGCCUUCGCAGGUUUCUCCUUCAUCAACCCCAAAAUGGAGCACUUACUGGACAAAUAACCACCCACACUGUAUUCCCUUCCCCCACGGCAGAUACUAAACAAUUCUAUUUGGUUUCCUAGUCGACAGUAGGCCCAUGCUCUUUUGUGCGCUCGUCUUACUUAUCUUAAUAAGUGAGAGCAGGAAAAUAGGACAAGAGAAUCGUUGAAUCGUAUGUUGUGUUGGGAUGCACCCUGUGUCUUUGCAGAGGUGGCCCAGUGUAAAUACUGUUAGAGAGGGGAGGAGGGCCAGGACAGGGAACACAGUGUGGAGGGUGUGUGCAUGUUUCACCAUUUGUAGGUUCCAAUCAGUAGUGGGGGAUUUCUUCUUGUGAUAAAUCCUUGAAUUAAUAUGAUCAAUUAAUGCACUGUAAUAUUUGAGAUUGUACAAGACACAGGCCUUGGCACGGAGCAUACAUGUUAAUGUUUAGUAAGCACACACAUACCUACACACACUCGCACACACACAUACCUACACACAAACAGCAUGGACAAUAUGAGUUGGUGUCAGUUUUUGAGUAUGUGUUGCAUGCUGGGAUAUCAAAAGGAGAUUUGGUUACACACACUGUGUGCUCCAACUACUGUAUCUGACUCUAGUCUUGAGAGGUGUGUGUGUUUGUCUGUGUGCGAGAGAGAGAAAAUCUCUAGUAGACAUCAGUCCCUAUAGACCAGUCACAUACAGUAUUGGAGCGUCUUCAGCAGGAUCACCUCAGAGUUAUGUAGGUGUUCCCUGUGAAAAAGGUCUUGAGUUUCACUGAGAUGGGUAAGGUAUGGAAUAAUAACUGCAUCUCAUGAGUCAGAAGCUCUAAACGAAGACACAUGGCAUGUAGGCUACUAGGAAACAAGGCAUUGUAAAGGUACUGUAUUGAUGUUUAAGGAUUUGUGUUAAUAUGUAUGUCAGAUAGGGUACUUCAGUAAUGUAUAAUUGGGUGUCAUGUUACUUGAAUGUUGUUAUUUUAACAAGGAUAUAAUGUUAUAGGAAAUUAUAUGUAUAUUGUUUAAACAGAUAAAAUAUUGGGGAGCUAUGUACUUUUUCUACUGUCUUGAUAUUUUACAUCUGAUUAUAAAUUUAAAAAAAUAAAAUAACUCCUAUACACUUACUUUUA